GGGUCGCGUGAGAACUACAGCCUGGCUGAAGGGGUGGGGAGAGUUGCAGCGCUGCGUCUGACUGUUUUGCGGCGGCAGAGCGCUGCUUGAGUCGCCGGCAGGUCAGUGACUCGGUAUCUGACGCUCUAUAUAUUCAAUACAAGUAUUAUUAAAAAAGACACAGCUAGGCGUAUAAAGUAGGACUUGACAAUGGCUCAGCUGGGACCCAAGACCGCAGAGCCGGACUGCCUCCACAGCAUCGCGUCGCCGUAGUUACCUCUGGGUCUACUUCUUUAUUUCCCUGCCUGCGCGCGUCGGGAACAAGUGGCCUAUGGAGGGAUGUCGCGAUGCUCUGCUCAAGGAGAACUAAAACUUUGGUGUCGACAUGCGUGAUCCUGAGCGGCAUGACCAAUAUCGUGUGCCUUCUGUACGUCGGCUGGAUCACCAAUUAUGUGGCCAACAGCGGUCCCAAAGUUGGAGAGAGCAGCGGUGACUCCGAGAGAAAGUUGGAUGAAGACAGUAAAGGGGAAACGUGGAGGAUCAUGAAGAGACUGGACAGACUGGAGAGCGUCGUCAACGAGCACAUCAAAGAAACCCCUCAGAAGAACGGUGAAGAUACUGUGUCUCCGUCAGAUUUGGUCUCAGAUCAAGCCUCCUCACUGUUCAAACACUGGGGUCAUGACCUGGGCCCUGAGAGUCGAAGAGUUGCCCUCAAGAAGUUCUGUUAUCAUGGCUACAACAGUUACCUUAGUGACCGCAUUUCCCUAACUCGUCCCAUCCCAGAUUUACGACCAGACGGCUGCAGGAACAUGUCCUACUCGUCAGACCUUCCACAGCUCAGUGUCAUCUUCAUCUUUGUCAACGAGGCCUUGUCAGUAUUGUUGCGCUCCAUUCACACAGCCAUCCACAGAACACCAGCGCACCUGCUCAAAGAGAUCAUCCUGGUGGACGAUCACAGCAGCAGCCUGGAAUUGAAGGAGCACCUGCAGAGCAUUGUGGAGGAGACCAACUCUCAGCAUGGGCCAGACUUCAUAAAGGUGGUCCACCAUGACAAGCAGGAGGGACUGAUCAGGUCCAGAGUCAGUGGCUGGAGGGCUGCUUCAGCCCCUGUGGUGGCUCUGUUUGAUGCACAUGUGGAGUUCAACAAUGGAUGGGCAGAACCCAUCCUGCAGCGAAUAAAGGAGGACCGGACUCGCGUGGUGUCUCCCUCCUUUGACAAUAUUAAAUAUGACACCUUUGAGGUUGAAGAGUACCCACUGUCUGCUCAGGGCUUUGACUGGGAGCUGUGGUGUCGAUAUCUCAACCCACCCAAGUCGUGGUGGACACAACACAACCAGACAGCACCAAUCAGGAGCCCCUCUAUUAUUGGCUGCUUCGUGGUUGACAGGAGGUACUUUGAGGAGAUUGGCCUUCUAGAUGAAGGCAUGGAAGUUUAUGGUGGAGAAAACGUGGAGCUCGGCAUCAGAGUGUGGCAGUGUGGAGGCAGUGUGGAGGUCCUGCCCUGCUCCAGGAUUGCCCACAUUGAGCGUGCCCACAAACCAUACACAGACAGCCUGACGGCCAACGUGCGGCGCAACGCUCUGAGGGUGGCUGAGGUCUGGAUGGACCAGUACAAGAGUCAUGUCUACAUGGCCUGGAAUGUUCCACUGCAGAACUCAGGAAUAAACAUUGGGGACAUUUCUGAGAGGAAGGCCCUGCGGUCCAGACUUCACUGUCGUCCAUUUAGCUGGUUCCUCUCCAACAUCUAUCCUGAGCUAAGAUCCUACAGUGAUACAGUCGCCUAUGGUGUUCUAAAAAACAGUCUAAGAGAUGAUCUGUGUUUGGACCAGGGACCUGACACUGACAACAUUCCUAUCAUGUACCUCUGUCAUGGUAUGACUCCACAGCAGAAUGUAUACUACACCAGUUCUCAGCAGCUUCACCUGGGAGUGUUGAGUCCGACCAUUGAUGACGAUGACAACAAGUGUCUGGUUGAUGUAAACAGCAGACCUAGGCUUCUGGAGUGUAGCUAUGCAGCUACCAAGCAUAUGAAGCUCACUUGGGCGUUCACUCAGGGCCACUUCAUACGGAACACAGAUUCUCAGCGAUGUCUGGAGCUGGUAGAGAGCAGAAAGGCAGAGUUUGGUCUCCAGUUGGCCAUUCAGGACUGCACUGAUCAGAAAUGGACCAUCACAAACAUACUGACUGUCCUGCCACAGUGAACCUAGUGGCAGAUUUUCCCUGGCUGUUGUAAUGGCUUUGUUGUGAUGCACUGCUAGCAAGCAAGGAAAUUUAGACAAAGAACUCCACGGCUUUCAAGAUGACAAACCAAGCUUAGAUUUUGGAUUGACCGUCAUGGAGUCCUGUGUUCAGGGCUGGCUCUGGGUAUAGGCAAACUAGGCGGUUGCCUAGGGCGCCAUCUGCUGAGGGGGGGGGGGCGCCGCUCCAAGCCUUUAGAAAAAAACGUGCGUAAACGCGCCCAGAGCUGGGGAGAAGGGCGCAGGGCGUCAACUUGGCCAGGGCCGGCCCUGCCUGUGUUAGAUAUGAACUAACAUGACCUAGGCAUAUAAAGAUUUAUUUCUGAAUUCACACAGAAAAUGAUGUGAUUUAAUCAUGGCUCAUCAGUAAAUUAACAACUGUUUUAGGUUUAACCUGUAAGUAUGUAUCUCAGAAAAAUUUGAACUUUAGGCAAUUAAAUCUUCCAAAUUACCAGAAAUCCUACAAUGGGUAAGAUCCUAGUUUCCCCAAGUUUUAAAAUCCAAAGUCAUUAUAGAUAAGGAUCAGGUAAAUAAGUCUUGAAAUAAAUCCACUGUAUGAAAUAGCCAUGAAUAUUACAGAUACUGUGUCCUCAUCAAUAGCCUGAACAUGCAAGCUGCUCAUUAUGAUGUAGAGGUUUAAUUUAAUUGAUUUGUUUUUGUCUGACAAAUGUUUGUGAACCUCUUGCAUUUUCAGUCCCACUAUCAAGAUGUCAGAAGAGUUGCUAAUGCAAGACUGACACAGAUUUCAAAAGAGUUUAUAAAGUCUUCGAACUCCACAACACAGGCAGGUUGUGUAUAGGUUCCUAAACUAAAAUCUUCAGUGUUUCUCCUUCCCUGUUACCUCUUCUUCCAGGGGGAGGUUGUAUGGUUCCAUUGGUCGGUUCUUUAUUCUGUCUGCUAGAUAAAUUUUGUUUUUCUUUACCUUUCUCUCACUCUCUUCACUUUCCAUUACUCAAACCGGUUAAUGGAGAUGUCCACCCCUAAUUAUCCUCAAUAUGUUGAAGGGAGUUUUUGUUCACAGAUACAGUUUGCUUCUCCAAGGUAAAUCUCAGUUAUGUAAAACUUUGCUUUUGAUUUUAUAGUUUGGUCCAUCCCGUCUGUAUCAUACUGCAUUUUAUCAAGUAAAGUGCAUGCAGAGUUCUGUCUGGCUAAAAUAUUUGAAGUCUUUGUUUGACAGAUAAACUGUCAAGAUGUCAGUCAAACCUUACGGAGCUUGUAGACAGAUGUUAUUUAAGGAAAACAAAGCAAAAGAAAAAGUGCUGACAAGUGUGGAAUGAGAUCAGCGCAGCAUACAGACUGUUUAAAGUCCAUAGACAGAGAGAGACGAGAUAAAAACUUAUCAAAUACAUUAUUCAUCAAAGACUCAACAAUCUAUGCAGUUCAGUUUUAUUGCAAACUACUAUUAAAAUUGAUUCAUCAUCCUCCUUAACCUCAAAACACCUUGCAACAUGCAAAAAAAUUCAAAAUGAAUGAAUUAGGUAAAACAAAAGAGUUCCUUAUCAGCAAAAAAAGUAUUUAAUUGCUUUGUCUUCUCUUAAAGCUCUCACACAUAAGCUGUCGAAGUUCAAGCUGAUAUACAGUACACAGACAGCCCCAGAAGACAUGUUACUGUAUCUUUAAAUAACAGACAAGGGACUAGUUGUGGGAUAUAUGUGCCUUAAUUGUUCUGUAUUAAAGGUCAUAAAAAAAUCAAAUAAAAUACAAAAUAAACAUGUAUCUGAAGUUAGAAAUAUAAAUGUAAAAAUGUUAAUAAUUCUCUCCACACACUUAUACAUACAGUAUAUAUACACCGUGAGAGAGCUGGGAUGAUCUGACAACAACUGUUACAUCACAAAAUUUCCUUUUCCUAAUGAUUUAUAUGUUUUAUGUACACAAGUCUUCUGCACACAGAUUUGUGUCUUUCAGAUUUCCGAACCUAGUCAGAAUUGAGGCACAAAUCUAAGUCAAUACAGACUUAGCCUUUUUUGGUGAUGAAUGUAUAAAUGCAUAUUUGCCGAUUUGACAAUUGCAGAUUCUACUUUGAAAUAAUUCUACAGACGCUGUCAAGCGGUGCUAAUUUGGGGGGGAUACAACUGUACAGCCUUUAUCAGCUACUGUGUAGCAUCUAUUACCCAACUUAUUGUUUAUCUUCUCUGCUUUUAGUGGCUCAGGUUUGUAGAUCCUGAAAUUUUAAAAGUAUCUUAGCUUUUGGGAAGCUCUUACAUAGCAAGUUAUAAAAAUGUCAAAGCUAUUUUGUUGUGCAUUCAAACAGAACAUUUAUUACUACUAACAAUAAUAAAUCGUUACACCAAAACUGG